GGAUUGAUAAAUGCAACACAUGUACUUGUACAAAAUAAUUGUGGGAAGUGUUCGCAAACUGCAAAUGAGUGUCAAAUUUGCGAAUCAGAUGAGUAUUAUUUGGACGCACAAAAUACAUGUAAGCCAUGUUCUGUUAUACCCCAUUGUAUAGUCUGCACUUCAGGUACUCAAUGUUACGAGUGUGACGAUGGCUAUGGUGUCGACACUGAUGGAAACUGCAAAUUACUGACUUCUGGUGUGUUAUUGGACACCACUUUGAAACAAAGAAAAAAUAAAAAAUCACAGAAGAAAGGGUGUGACAGCAAAUCAAUAACCGUUGCAGGCGAGUGCGUUUCAAUUGGAAAUGACGAAUAUAAAAAGUCCGAGAGUGUAGCCAAAAAGUGUUCCAAAAAGUUCUUUGGGUGCUAUUCAUGUGAAUAUUUACCGGACGAUGGUACGUUCAACAGACAACAAUUAAAGUGCACAAGAUGCCAAACUGGCAUGGCUUUUGAGUCUUCUGAGUACAUGAAAUGUGUCACCAUUGAAUCUGGUGAGAUGGUGGAUGACAAUAAUAUCAAAGUCAAGUGUAUGGAGGGGUGCUCGAUGUGCACAACAUCGACUAAUUGUAUCUACACAGAUAACUCUGCUCACACUGCUCGAAAUGAAAUACUUAACAAUUACAUAAACCACAAAUUCUGUCAAAAAUAUAUUGAAUAUAUUGGGUGUACUGAGUGCUCUAACACUAUUGGAUCAACUGGUAUUUGCAAUAACAACGAUAGAAAUAACGAAUGUUCCUUUAUGAAAGAGAACAAUGGUGAAUAUGAGUGUAUGGGGUAUAUAGAAGCAACAAAAACAACACAAAAUAUGAAAACUGCCGAUGUUAAUUGUCUGCAAACAGUCAGCGGCCGUUGCGUAAGAUGUUCUGAAGGCAACUACUUAUCAAAAGACUCGCCACCAAAGUGUCUGAGUUGCAUAGAAAAUUGUUCGAAUUGUACUGCAGCAAACGACUGCAAUUUGUGUAAAAAUGGAUAUGUGUGGAAUACCAAUAAAUGUGAAAGUGUCUUAAAUUGUGUGGAGACCAACUUUAAAGGAUGUACCAAAUGUGUCGACUCAUAUUACUUAAAAGAAGGAAAAUGUUACAAAUUGACUGACAGUAACUGCAAGUCUGCUCUUAUCACUGCAACACAGAACAUUGUGUGUAACUUGUGUAUAAACAAUUAUAUUUUAGACAAUGGAAAAUGCGUCGAAAAGUCCACUAAAAGUUGUUCAGUAGUUGAUCCAAAGACAUCUCAAUGCAGUGAAUGCUCUGCUGGAUAUAUGAUCGACAAAUCAAAAAGUUGUUCUAAUAUUUUAACUUCCCUUUGUAGUUACUCUUCACAAUACGAGUGCUUAAAAUGCACUGCACAGAAUCGACUUGGGAAGGUCAAAGGCGAUUCUGUAUGUGCAGCUUCAAUAUCAAAUUCGUUCUGUCUUGAAAAUACAAACACGGGAUGUUCCAAGUGUAAUGAAGGCUUCUAUGUACAUGGAAAAGAGUGUCGUCCAUGUGACACUAAAUGUGGUAAAUGCUCUUUAGCUGCAGACAAUUGUUUGACGUGUGCAUUUGGAUAUUACUAUGAUGAUACUACAAGUGAUUGUCUGUAUGUCGGUGAACUUGCUGAAAAGUGUAAAACGUUCCUUCCAAGUGGUGUAGAUUGUGCUGCAUGUAAAGAUGGAUAUCUUCUUGUGAAUAUGGAUUGUGUGAAAUGUGAAGAAAAGUGUGGAAGUUGUGUGUCUACGAUAUCCAAUUGUGUGAAGUGUAAUGUCACAGGAGGGUACUUUGAAGACAUUGAAAUGUCAACUCCAGACGAGAAGAAGUGUAUUAUAAACACGACACUAGAGCAUUGUGUUGUGUCUUCUGAUUUUGGAUGUGGUACAUGUGAAGACAAGUAUUAUCCCAAUGAAUACAACAAAUGUACCAAAUGUGAAGAUACGUGUGCAACAUGUUCAAAUGGGAAGACAUGCACCACAUGUGUAGAUCAAUAUGUCUUAAUUUCAAAAACAUCUCAAUGCACAAAAUGGGACGCAAUAACCAAUUGUAAGUCAUAUGACACUCAAACACAAAAAUGUGCAGAGUGCAGUGGAAGUAACAAAGUUGGACCAAAUGGAGAUGAAUGCGUUCACAAGACUAAUGUACUUGCCAUAGUACUUCCAAUCAUAUUUACUAUAAUUCUCAUUGUAGUGAUCAUCAUUGCUAUUGGGUGUGUGCUAUUCUACAUUCACUACAAGAAAGAAGAGAAGCUUCGGAACUCUUUAGUUAACGAAUUCUUAGUGAGUGACUUAAAGACUAAAGGCACGGAAUUUGUGUAUCUUGGCGAUCACAAAGACCGCAUUUUGUGUUCAACAAAAGUUCUUAAAUUUGAAAAUGAAAUUCCAGUGCAAAAAGACAGUGAAAUAAAGUUCUUUGUUGGCAAUGACAGAGCUUCGAUGUUAAAAUUCCAAUUCACAACACAAAAUGAUGAAGACAAAUUUGAAGUGAGUGUAACCCCUGACAUAGCUGUUGGUAUCAAGAAAAACAGAGCAGUAGAAUUUACAGUGAUAGUCCAUCCUUUAUGUACCAUUACAAAAACGGUGGAUAUCACCUAUCAAAAUUCCAGUCAAAUUGCAUCAGAA